AUGAUAAGCUCGCUUCGUACGCGGCUGCAGGAUUUCUAUUGGGCGUACAGCCCAUCGAGAUAUAAAGCCGCCUGUAGAGGAGUCAAAGACUUUGCCAACGUCUUUGUCAAGCAAGCUUUACAAGAAAAGAAUAAGACGGGACCAGAUUCGGAUCGCUACGCUUUUAUCCAAGAUCUAUACGACGAGAUGCAGGAUCCAGUGCUCGUUCGUGAUCAGCUCGUGAAUGUCUUGUUGGCUGGAAGAGAUACCACUGCGUGCCUAUUGUCUUGGACCUUCUUCCUCCUCGUCCGCCAUACUUCCGCUCUAGAUCGUCUUCGCAACGAGAUUCGAUCCGUCAUGGGAGACGACCAAGAAUUGACCAGGAAUCAUGUCCAAAAGAUGUCCUAUCUCAAAUGUGUACUGAAUGAGACCCUCCGACUCUAUCCCUCCGUCCCCAUAAACGUCCGCAUAGCCCAAAAAACCACCUGGCUGCCCCGCGGUGGUGGUCCAGAUGGCGAUGCUCCACUGCUCGUACGCCGUGGAGUGGGUGUAGGAUUUCUAGCCUACUACCUGCACCGACGAAAAGACUUGUACGGUGAUGACGCCGAUGAGUUCCGACCAGAGCGAUGGGAAGGUCCUGAACUCGCGAACAUUGGCUGGGGCUAUAUACCCUUUCACGGCGGACCCCGGCUUUGUCUCGGCAAGGACUUCGCAUUGAUGGAAGCGUCUUGCGCCAUCGUUCGAAUCAUACAAACCUUCCCGGAUAUCAGAUUGCCACCAGGGUAUCCCGUUGUACCGACAGGGCAAGAAAAGCAAGCGCUGACCGUCUUCCUCUCCAGCGCCGACGGCUGCAAGGUAUUGUUGGACUAG